AGCUGGUGGUGACCAGCUGGAAACUCGGGGACAGGAGAGAGAAGUGUUGGAGAGCAUGAGUUCCAAGUCACAGCCCAUAGGGAUUAUCGGAGCACCUUUCUCAAAGGGACAGCCACGAGGAGGGGUAGAAAAAGGUCCCACAGCAUUGAGAAACGCCGGUCUGCUGGAGAAACUCAAAGAACAUGUUACCUUUAACUUUAAACUUUUGAUUGUAGAGUGUGAUGUGAAAGACUAUGGGGACCUGUCCUUUGCUGAUGUCCCUAAUGACAGUCCAUUUCAAAUUGUGAAGAACCCAAGGUCUGUGGGGAAAGCCACUGAGCAGCUGGCUGGUGUGGUGGCAGAAGUCCAGAAGAAUGGACGAGUCAGUGUGGUGCUGGGCGGAGACCACAGUUUGGCGAUUGGAAGCAUCUCUGGCCAUGCCAGGGUCCACCCUGACCUUGGUGUCAUCUGGGUGGAUGCUCACACUGAUAUCAACACUCCUCAGACAACCACAAGUGGGAACUUGCAUGGACAGCCUGUGUCUUUCCUCCUGAAGGAACUCAAAGGGAAGAUCCCCGACGUACCAGGAUUCUCCUGGGUGACUCCUUGCAUAUCUGCCAAGGACAUCGUGUACAUUGGCUUGAGAGACGUGGACCCUGGGGAGCACUACAUCAUAAAAACUCUAGGUAUUAAGUAUUUUUCAAUGACUGAAGUGGAUAAACUGGGAAUUUGCAAGGUGAUGGAAGAGACAUUCAGCUAUCUACUGGGAAGAAAGAAAAGGCCAAUUCAUCUGAGUUUUGAUGUGGAUGGACUGGACCCAUUGUUCACACCUGCUACUGGCACACCUGUUAUGGGAGGUCUGUCUUAUCGAGAAGGUCUAUACAUCACAGAAGAAAUUUACAAGACAGGGCUUCUCUCAGGACUAGACAUCAUGGAAGUAAACCCAGCUCUGGGGAAGACACCAGAAGAAGUAACUCGAACAGUAAACACUGCAGUAGCAAUAAUCUUGUCUUGCUUCGGGGUUGCUCGGGAGGGCAAUCAUCAGCCCAGGACUGACUACCUCAGCCCGCCUAAGUAACUAGCAAUACUACCCAAAAAUCUCAGUGAUGCAUGAGCAAAUGUAAUCAUUUACUUAAGCCUACAGUU